UGGGAAUCAAAAGGUUAGAUUGACUUGGAGAUUCACUUCGAGCUUUGUUGUCUUCUUAGAGGCAAGGCUUUCAGAUCUCGACUUCUUUGCGAGUGUCAAGGGCCUUUGGUACUAAAACUGUUCGGCAUUUGCUUGUUUUGAAAUUUGGCCGAAGGUCUUUCUCGCUGAUUGAGUAAAACAAAGUUUUCUGUCCAUUCAGUCAUCAGUCCAACACCACUAAGGUAACAGAAGAACAAGGAGAAGAGGAAGAAGACUCUUAAUUGGUUCUGAAUACCUUGUCCAGUAAUCUCACAAGGUCUGAAAUGCUUAGAAUUAUCAUCUUGCUGUGUGCUGUUCUUCUUCCAGCGACUCUCUACGCGAGAACUGUGAAGCCGAGCGAAGAAAAAGAAGAUAAUGACCAUUGCGCAAACGUCUUUUGUCACGCUGGUCAGGAGUGUAUCAUAGAGGAAGGUAACGCAACUUGUCAGUGUAUCAUCCGCUGUCCAGAUCAUAAGAAGACUGUGUGUGGUUCAGAUGGCAUAACAUACCCCAGUCACUGUGAGCUGCACAGGACAGCAUGUGUUCAAGGCAAGAAAAUUGCUAUCGAGAACAAUGGACCAUGUGCAGAUAUUUACCCAACACAACCCCCGACCGGAAAGGUCCACAAGUCAAAACCAGUGGUUUGUUAUGAGCACAACAGAGAUGAUUUACGCAACAGGCUUAUAGUUUGGCUGAGGUUCCUUGAUCAAGCUGUUGACGAAUCAGCUGGUGAUCAUCACAUCUUCAAAAAGUACUUUGAUGCAAUGGAUGUGGACAAGAACGCUAAGUUAAGCAGAAAGGAAUUUGCACAACUCAUCAAAUUUAACAACACAGUUGGACAGAUGCCAGGUGCCGAUAAAUUUAUCAAUCCUGUUCUGCAAGGGCUUUGCGCAGAUGCGUUGAUCGCAGUCUCAGAUGAAGACGCUGAUUGGGAGCUUACAUUCCAUGAAUUUAUGAAGUGCUUAAAUCCAGCUGUCAAGCCACCAAAAGAACGUUGUGAGCUCGAGGGGGAAUACUUUGAUGACGGUGCAGAAAUCCCAGCAGAAUGUAAUACCUGUGUCUGUGCCUGUGGACACUGGGUUUGCACAGCCCUGAACUGCAACUCGGAAAAAGCAAAGAGCGAUAACGACUUUGUCGUAAAAGGCGAUAAAGCAAAGCAAAAGUUGAAAGAAGUCCAUCGAAACGAAAAAGGAGAUAAAGAAAAGGUUUUGAUGCUUUACAAGCCAAAACAACAGAAGCAACGCUCAGAAAGAAAAGAGCAGUGACAUUAAUACAUGAACCCCAAAUUAUUAUGAAAACAAAAGAUGAAAGAAUUACUUCAUGUUCCUUUUCAGUUAUAGGAUUAGCUACUAAUUAAUGCAAGAAUAACUCUUUUUAGUUUUGUGUACGUCCUUUGGACUGAAAGGCUACAAGCCAUGUAAUGCAACUAAAACAACUGCAGUGUACACGCCAUAUAUCCGUGAAACGAUUAUUAACCAUGAGGUUGUAAGUCAGAUAUAAAAAUUCACGUAAAGGUA